ACAACAAAAAUUGGGUAAAAUGAGUAAGUACGACUUGAUAAUUAUCAUAGUAAAUACCCUCUUCUUGGAUAAAAUCAACCAUUUUUUCAGGAUCCGGACAGAGAUUCGACGGUUUUUUAGUGAAAAUCAAAGAAAAGUUUUUUGAAGGCAGAUCGGACUUAGCCGCAACCCACAAAACAACUACUUCCAAGAUUUUUGGGUGCCGAGGGGGAUGGGUAGAGUGAGAAACUUAGAGAGAGAGAUUAGGGGUUUGGUUUGAAGAAAAUGAGAGGAAUGAGUGGGUUUAUAUAGGGAAGGAGCCGCCUGCUGGAGGGGCGGUUUGGUCUUUUUACCCCACCAAAAACCGCUCCUCGAGCACAUGGUUUACAUUUUCCAACGCGCAAACCACACUUUAGGGCAACUGUUUCCCGUGGGCGACGCGGAUCACUCCGCUAGCAGGCGGUUAGCCGUCAGAUCGCCUGCCCAUCGUGCGGUUGCAUGGACCGCCACGUGGAGGCGCGUUGUGUCAGCUGCCCAAUGGCAAACCGCCCCUUGCCCGCGCGGUUUAAAUGAGAACCGCGCCUUCGAGGCGCGGUUUAUAGGGGAUGGUGGUAGAUUUGGAAAUUCUUGGGAAUGAGUGGUAUUUUUGUAAUUUUUUUAAAACAGUGGUAGUUUUGGAUUUUUUUCCGUGGUGUUGCAUACUCCUAAAGAAACAUAACGAUAAAGUGAAAUAUUAUUCUUCUCAUAAUUUUAACUGAACCACAAAGUACACAUUUAUAGGAAGUACACAUUUAUAGUAAAACACAGAAAACCAUAAUAGCUAACCCUAUCCUAUUCAACGAAGUAAUUACCGCCAUCUACGUCUAAUCCUAACCCAAUUCUAAAACCUGCCUCAAUUAUCUCCUAAGGUGUUGAAUCGUCAUCUCCUUCAUCCUCAAUUGAACCCCCAAUGACAUCAGCCACAAUUUCUUCUAAACAUUUGUGUGCACAAUACAUUUAUCUUCACCCGGAUAGUCCAACAAAUGACUUACAUCUGUCUGGUUACGAUAACCCAUACCAUUAAUCAUAUCGUAUGAACUUGAAAUGUUUAGAAGAUACAAUAAAGAUAAAUCAUAAGAAAAAAACUCUUAAAAUUAAUAAUUAUUAGUUUAUCAAUUAAUUAAUAACUACUAUAAAUUAAUAAUUUUCACGGUCCAACUAUAUUAAUUUAUGGAGGUUAUACACUUAUACUGAGUUAUACUGUAUGGCCUAAUACAAAGCCAAGCGGUCCGGUUGGCCUUUGAAAGCAAGCGAUGCGCCAUUGUUUUCCUUUGUAAUGACGAACUUAUGUGUUAUUGUUAUAUAAAUGUCAAAUUUUAAUGGUAUUAUCCUAUCCUUAUUGUUAAAUUACGAUUAAAGCUGUCGUUGUCCGCUCCGUGGUAUGGGUAUGGACAUGGAGGAUGACGAUGAAGAAUCCGGAGGCCGAUGCACUUAGAAAUCAAAUAAGACGAGCAACAACAGUAAAUCGACGAUUCCUGAAAGGCAAGCGGCGCAAUACAGAGUACAGCUGACGAAAAGAAGAUCAGUAGGAAAAGAUUUUGAGCAGCGGAUCAGGCAAAAGCCAGCCCGCGACCGCCAUGUGCAUAGCCGUGUUCCUGUGGCGAGCUCAUCCGCUCUAUCCCUUCCUCCUGUUGCUCAACCGAGACGAAUUCCAUAGCCGGCCGACGACGCCGCUGGGAUGGUGGAGGGACGGCGACGGCGGCGGCGGCGGCGACGGAGCAAUUGAAUUUCUGGGUGGGCGAGACGAUAAGGCCGGCGGGACAUGGUUGGCCGCCACCAGAGAUGGCAGGGUUGCUUUCAUCACCAACGUUAGGGAGGCUACUUCUCUCUCCGCCGCCGCCAACAGCCGAGGCCACCUCCCACUUCGCUUCUUGCAGAGCCAGCAAAACCCAAUGGAGUUUGCUAGAGAGCUCGUGGAAGAGAUGGAUAGCUACAAUGGGUUUAACUUGGUAAUAGCUGAUGUUGGUUCCAACUCCAUGGUUUACAUCACCAACAGAGCCAAAUCAAACAGCGGCGAUGAUGCAAUCACAGAGGUUUCACCUGGUAUCCACGUCCUAUCCAAUGCUAGCCUCGAUUCUCCAUGGCCCAAGGCUCAAAGGCUUAGACAUAGCUUGAAGGAAUUCAUGGACAGACACGGCGAGCGAGAAGAAGUUCCGGCAAAAGAGAUGGCCGAAACACUGAUGACGAAUCCGGUCAAGGAAGAAGAUAAAACGUUGCUACCUGGAGUCUACCCUCCUGAUUAUGAAUACCAAUUGAGUUCCAUUUUUGUCGACAUUCAUGCACCAUCCGGUCGAUAUGGGACUAGAAGCACAUCUGUUGUGUUGGUGAGGAGGGACGGCGAGGUGAAGUUCUAUGAGAGGUAUAUUGACAAUGAAGAGUGGAAGGAGCAUAGUGAGUGUUUCAGAAUAGUGCAGAAUGUAGAUGAGACUGAUAUGGGUCAGGACCCAGCAUUCUCUAGUCUUUAGUUUAUGACAAUGAAAGUAGCUUUCUGUUCAAUGGCGGACACAGUGGAAUUUCCCUUGCAUUGCCAGAAUCUAUGUUGUCCUCGGCAAAAUGUGAUUGCUUCUUUCCUAGGUGGAUUAGGGAACUUUGAGCCUUUCAUAAUAACAGAGAAAGGAACGUGUCCUUCAAAGGGGUUCCGAGGCAGUUUUUAAGCUCACUGUGCUUGCACUGUACUUCCUAAUUAAGGAUCUCAGUUUGUUUUAACCAAGAAUCCUGUUCGUUCUGGUCGUACUUUCCCCACUUUCCAUAUUCGUCACUUGAGAAAUGAAACCAAAACCAAAUA